AUGGCAUACCAUGUUGAAAGGACCUGCAGCUCCCCUGUCACUGGCCAAUGCCCGGGCAAGUUGAUCUGGCCAGAGUUGUUGGGCAGGAAGGGCAAGGAGGCAAAAGAUGUGAUUGAGAAAGAGAGGCCUUCCACCGAUGCGAUUUACGUUCCCCAAGAUGCCGUUGUUACCGGUGACUACUGUUGCAAUCGCGUUAGGAUCUUUGUGGCUGCCACGCCCAAUGGUGACUAUGCAAACGCCAAGGUGAUUGCGGUUCCAAGAGUUGGGUGA